AUGGUUUGCUCAAGGGAUGAGGACUUAAACCACCUUUUCUUCUCCUGCCCCUUUGCUGCAAAUGUUUGGCGCUCUGCUGCCAUUACCAAUACAGAUUUCCAAAACUUUGAAGAAUGGUUUCUUUCCUGGUUCAGGAAGGAUUACCAAAAGUCUACUACUGAAAAUCUUCUCCUUCUUUGCUGGAAAAUUUGGAAGGCGAGGAAUAACCUCAUCUUCAGACAUUCUCCCUCUCUUCCUAACAUGGUGGUUCAUGCUGCGGCAUCCAUUGGUGAGAAUUACAGAAGGAAUAACCCUUGCCGUUUCAAGGGUCCUGCCUUUACCUCUCAAGUUAUUCGCUGGCUUCCUCCUCCUGCUGGCUUCGCCAAGCUCAAUUUCGAUGGUUCUGUUGUCAACAAUAAGAAAGCAGCUGCUGGUUUUGUUAUCAGGGAUCAUGAUGGAUCCCCCCUUUUUGCUGGUGCGAGAGCUAUUAGUCAUGCUUCUGUCCCCAUUGCUGAAGGAAGUGUUGUUCGUGAUGGUCUUUAUCAUGCCCUCCUCCUUAAUUGUCGAAAUAUUUAUGUCGAAGGUGACUCCAAGUUAAUUAUAGACUAUCAACAAAAAAUGUGCUCCUCCUUGGCGUUUUCGUACUCUUGUGAAAGACAUCCUGAGUCUGGCUAG